AGAGAUGUUCUGAUGCUAGAGGGAGUUAGUGAUAUGGAUAUUUGCUGGGAGGGAAUUCUAGAGGCGAGAGCAGAGCCAACUCAUGAUCGAGACCCCAUGGUAGCAGGAAGAGAAGGAGAUAGCAUCAUGUUAACGUGGAGUAACAUCUCUGAGGAAUGUUUAUAGCACCUUGUUAAAUUUAAGGUUUGACCCGAACAACAGAAUGGCAUCAAAAAUGCAAAAUGAAAGGUCUAGCUGAGUGUAUUAAUUUUCCAAAAAUGUCUUUUACAAACUGCUCACGAACAUUGUACAAUGACUAGUUGCGCUCAUCUCUCUUUCUGCUUUAGACAGUGCUGAGAGCAUUAGGAACCAUGUUGACACCAUUUUUAAAAAUAGCGCAAGCACCUUCUCUGUGUUAUGUUUAUUAUCAAACAGAAUAUAUAGUAAUGCCAAUACAACUGUAAUAGGUGCAUGUCAGCACACAAUGUCAAAAAAUGCUUAUUAGUCUAGUCUUCACUUUUUUGUUACCGUGACCUUGCAAGGUCAUAUCAUGCAGACCGCUGUCAGUCUUCACUGAGGGACAACGGUUAUUAUUUGUGAUCCCUUUCAGCUGUGUCUUUGGGUAAAAGUAGUAGUUUGUGCACAUGCGAUGAAAUAUAAAUGUAAUGAAAUGGAGAGUAUGUCAAAGUCUAAGCUCUAAAGAAAGCACACCAAACCAGUUUACAUGCUUAAGGUUUCUGAAAGCAGAACUGAAGGUUUUGUUUAAACAUUCCGAGGAAUCUUUUCACAAUCAUUGUGCUGUUUUUGGAACAACAGGGUCACAAUCGACAGCAGCAGAAAGCUUCAUAUUCUCAUGUCCGUCCUUUCCACAAGAGCUCUGCUGGCACACAGAUCAGCAGUUGGUUUCCAUGCAUGAUUGCAUCAUUCCAACCUGUCUGUGCUUCUCUUAUUUACAGCAUCUGCAAGUAGACAGCCACAAUGAACCCAGUAUACAGCCCUGCGCCAACAGGGGUCCCCUUUACCAACACUAAGGGUAUAGGUUAUCCAGCUGGAUUUCCUCUAGGAUACGCAGCAGCUGCUCCAGUGUACACUCCCAACAUCUACGCAGGAGCAAACCCAGGCUUCCCUAACGGCUAUGCUCAAAGUGCUCCCUUCAAAGUGUCCUGCUCUCCCAGCACAGGGACCGUCCCACCGUACUCCUCCUCCCCAAACCCCUACCCGACUGCUGUGUACCCUGUCAGGAGCACCUACCCCCAACAGAACCCCUAUGCACAGGCACUAAUACCUUCACAACAACAAGGCCCUUACUACACACAGGCUCUGUAUGCUCCACCGCCUCAUGUCAUCCAUCACACGACAGUGGUCCAGCCCAAUGGGAUGCCUGCAGCGAUGUAUGCCCCGCCUAUCCCUCCUCCCCGCAACAACGGUGUCGCCAUGGGUAUGGUAGCCGGCACCACUAUGGCCAUGUCAGCUGGAACUUUGUUGACAACUCCAUCACCAGCGCCCGUCGCUCCCCACCCAGUCACGAUGCCCACAUAUCGGCCUCCUGGCACACCCAGCUACAGCUACGUGCCCCCGCAGUGGUGAAGAGAGAGAAGU